CUCUCUCUCGCUCCCUCACGGUCACUCCAUCUCAGUGCUCUCUCUCUCUCUCUCUCUCUCUCUCUGUCUGUCUUUCUCUCUUUCUUGCACACUCCUCCCUUAUUACUUUCCUUGUGUCACUCUCUCCUCUCUCUCUUUCUCUGUCACUCACUCUUCUCUCUCUCUCCUCUCUCACACACACAGACAGGACCGUACGUUGGCUCACUCAUACUCGCACCAAAACGCACUCGCACCCACCCUUCUCAGACACAUGCACUCGUACACAUUGACAUACCUGUGCAGAUCGGGGGGUGGCAACGUGCUGGAGGUGUUUUGUUUUCCUGGCGCUGGCCAGUGAAGGGUCUCGACGUGUGUUUUGGGGGCAGAAGUGGCUCUGCGUGCCUUACCUCUCUCCACCUCUGAUUCCUGGAAUGCUAAAUCUGGACUGAUGGACAUUUCAGAACUUUGCAUCCCUGAUCCUCUCAACUAUCAUAACCAGAAGUCGUUGUCCCACACUUUAGGCCGAUUGCUCAGUCCUUUGGCCUCUCUGGAUCCUUCUCAUUUCUGGCUGCUGAACAGAAUGGCCGCUGAUGAGAGGCACCUGCCCUCCAGCUGCGGCUCCUACAUCAAAACCGAGCCCUCCAGCCCGUCCUCACUCAUAGACACCGUAAGUCACCACAGCCCAAGUGGCAACUCGGACGCCAGCGGUGGUUACGGCAGCGGCCUGACCGGCCACCCCAAUGGACUGGACUCGCCUCCUAUGUACACACCGGCUGGCCUGGGCCCCAAUGGAGCCUGUCGCAAGCGCUAUGACGACUGCUCCAGCACCAUCAUGGAGGACUCGCCCAUCAAGUGCGAGUACAUGCUCAACUCCAUCCCCAAGCGGCUCUGUCUGGUGUGCGGCGACAUCGCCUCGGGGUACCACUACGGCGUCGCCUCCUGCGAGGCCUGCAAGGCCUUCUUUAAACGAACGAUACAAGGUAACAUUGAGUACAGCUGUCCGGCAACAAACGAGUGUGAGAUCACCAAGCGGAGACGCAAGUCCUGCCAGGCCUGUCGCUUCAUGAAGUGUCUUAAAGUUGGCAUGUUGAAAGAAGGCGUGCGCUUGGAUAGAGUGCGAGGGGGUCGGCAGAAGUACAAGAGAAGAUUAGACGCAGAGAGCAGUGCGUAUUUGGGCCUCACAGUCCCUCCCCCUGCAAAGAAACCCUUGACAAAGAUUGUGUCCCACCUGCUGGUGGCAGAGCCAGAGAAGAUCUACGCCAUGCCAGACCCCACCAUGCCAGAGAGUGACAUCAAAGCUCUCACCACCCUUUGUGAUCUGGCUGACCGUGAGCUCGUGGUCAUCAUUGGUUGGGCCAAACACAUCCCAGGCUUUUCCAGCCUGUCUCUGGGGGACCAGAUGAGUCUGCUGCAGAGUGCCUGGAUGGAGAUCCUGAUCCUGAGCAUUGUGUUCCGCUCGCUGCCCUACGAGGACGAGCUGGUCUACGCCGAGGACUACGUGAUGGAUGAGGAGCACUCACGGCUGACAGGUCUGCUGGACCUCUACGUCUCCAUCCUACAGUUGGUGCGCAAGUACAAGAAGCUCAAGGUGGAGAAGGAGGAGUUUGUCACCCUCAAGGCCAUCGCACUCGCCAACUCAGACUCCAUGCACAUAGAAGACCUGGAGGCGGUGCAGAAGCUACAGGAUUCGCUGCACGAGGCCCUGCAGGACUUUGAGAGUGGCCAGCACGCCGAGGACCCACGGCGAGCUGGGAAGCUGCUCAUGACCCUUCCCCUCCUGAGGCAGACCGCCACCAAGGCAGUGCAGCAUUUCUACAGCAUCAAGGUGCAGGGCAAAGUGCCCAUGCACAAACUCUUCCUGGAGAUGCUGGAGGCUAAAGUCUGAGAGAGGAAGUGCAUAGUCGCCGCGGCAACAGUGGUAUUGGUGUGGCAACAGGAAUCAGAAGGCAACAGUUCAACUGAGGGGUGCAUGGGAGAGAGAGGGAGGGAGGCCACUGAUAGACAAGCUGGAUUUGGACUUGGAUGUCCAGUGCAUCCUUCUCUUCAUCCCCCAUUGUUCCCCAUUCUUUCUCCUUGACUCUAUGUAUCUGUCUUUUGGACCUGAGACAUUUUAAAGAAAGAAAAAGAGAGAAGUAACUUGUGAGAACUUUUAAGUAAAAUGAAAAUGGGUCCCAACUAUACAUAUGAAAUGGAAAAUUUAAAAUAUAUAACAAAUCCUAAAUACUUGUACAGUAAUGAUUUUUGCUGUUGUGGUUUUUGGUUUUCUUUCUAGUCUAUCCUGACCAAUGUAUGACAACAGAUUAUUCUUCUUCAUUCACUGUACUCAGAGUGGCUGUUACACCCUCAGUAAUAUGAUUGGACAUGUUUUAUUUGUGUGUGUCUUCUUUCUCAAAUGGAAAACCAAACGCUGUGUUUAAUGAUAAAAGGGAAGAGGGAACUCUAGCUAACAUUACAAAGGACCUCCUCUGUUCUCUGCUAUGAUACAUAUUUGGAAGCUUUGAAAACAUUGUAAAUAUUAACUCGUUAGACUGAGCAUACAUGGCUGGGACAGAAUGAAAAUGGCUGAUUCAUUUCAUUUUCCAUUUUAAAACCACACAGCUCACCAAUCGUCUAACAAUCAAGUACAUAAAUGUAAAAAAGUAAAUAUCAGAUUUUGUUACCUGAUCACUUUUAAAUAUACCUCUGCUGUGCCGUGAACCUAACAUAGUAAGCAGCACACUGGAAAUGACAUGUUAACAAAACUUGCAUAGCAAUUUAGUCCUUCUUUUUGUUUCAUAGUAACUAGCAAUAAAGAGAUCUGUGGGCCAUCUAUGAUCUCAUAGCCCCAUCUCUGCUUGUGUUCUAUAACGCUAAUAUAAAAACAAAUCUGUGACAUUAACUUCAGUUUCUAAGCCGCCGUGGCAACGUGACAACAUAGUCACCGGGUGCAUUGUACAUCUCCUUUCACUGUCAUUGUCCUUUUCUCCCCCUCUUGUUGUUGUUGUUGAUGAUGUUGUUGUUGAUGUUAUCUUCUCCCAUGUUUGGUCAUGGUUAUAGGUAGAGACUGCAAUUCUAAACCAAUACGCUUUUUCUCAAAUUCAACAAAUUAAUUACUGCUCAAGGUCCUCGCGCUGCCCAUUUUGGUUGCACCCAAAGGAUAACAAACUCUUGGUUCCCAGUCCUGUAGAGGGGACACAAAGUGGCUCAGACUGAGGCCUACACUCAGCACUUUUGAUCACGAGCACAGAAGGAAUGGGUGUGAUUUGAUUGGCUGUUGACUUCAAUAUCAACAACCUUUGACCAAAAUCAGGGACUGUACCUUUAAGGAAGUGCACUGGGAACCACAUGUGUUUGGGGGAACCUGAGGGGGAAAAAAGAGUAGAUUUGGCAAAGUAACAGGAAUAUGACGCAAAUACAGUGCAUUGUCUGGAGAAAAAAAAAGUUGAGAGAAGAUCAGUGUGGCAGAAGCUGUUACUAAAACAAAGCCCAUUUGUCAAACGUGCUAUUUUGGGUCUCUCUAAGCCGAGGGUAGUUGCUCCUCAAAUAGAGAGCAAGGUGUCCAGCAUCUGCGUGCCCCAUUUUUAGAAGCAGCACGGCCUUUUUAUAGCACCGCCUCGGUUAUAUGGGUGCAGCCAAUUCAAGGUGUAAGGCAGGUGCAUGCUGGGGAUUAUUUUUAGCUUCUAGGAUGCAGUGUUGGCCAGAGGGGGCAGUGGACUCAUGCAGUGGGAGGGAUGACCCCUAUGUCUACACAACAGGCUUGUCAUUUGUGAAACUAGACACGAUGAUGACAAGUAGCCCUAAAACUAACUAAUGACUUUCCCCCCCUCCCACUAAGGUCUUAGUGUGACAGUUAAAAACAGCUGACGUUACCCUCCAAAUGGCAUUGGAACGUCUUUCCCAGCGGUGUUCCAAGAGGUGUGGUGCAAUAAGGCCUAUGGGAGGCAUGAUGGGAGAUGUAGUACUGUGCUGUAAAUUUGUCAUUGCUCAAAUCUGCCUUUUAAAGAACACUAGAAAGCGAGGAUGGUGUGUAAUUUCAUGUAUUACCAAUGUCAUGUAUAUUCAUGUGAACUGUAUAUUGUGACAGUGUCACACUUUGAUACUGGCAUCACUGACAUCAAAGCUGAAGGACAGGUGGUGGGUGUCAUUGGUCUGGGAAACUCCUUAUGCCCUCAUUGGCUACUUAAAAGAGGUGGGCUGCAUCCCUUCUUACCAAACUAUCUAAACUUGAAGUGGCCAUAGUCUUGGCUAAGAGUUCUACUGCACUUUACCCAGACGACAUGGGACAACUGGGACCAAUUCUGACUCUGAGUUUCGUGUCCGUGAGACAAAAACUAAUAUUCAGGCAUCAUACUGUAGAGUACCUGUUUAAUCAAAGGCAAUCUAAACCUCUGACUUCUGCAUAUCAUAUCUGCCUAAAUUAACAACACCUUUCCCAAAGUACAGUGUGUCUGAAAUUGCAUUGGGCUAACAAUUAAAAAAAAAGUUCCUGAAAACUAUUUUGGCCCAGCACUAUGGCAGUCAGUGGGCCAAUCACACAUGGCAUGUCAUUGAAAACAAAGUAUAGUGUCCUGCAAACUACCUCAUCUCUCAUCCUAACAGCCAUGACUGGUUCUUUGUGUCAAUAUCUGUUAACCUUUAUCUGAGCCACUACUGUGAUGUACCGGAUUUAUAAAUACCUGCUGUCUGUGAAGUAAUUUUGAUGGCAUUUUGCAGUAGCAAUCAAGAACGUAACAACUGGUGGACGUGACCAGUUUACAAGUCAUCUUCAUACAGUGUUUGUGUGCAUACACACUUUAAACUACCCUUCAAAAGUUUGGAAUCACCCUAACAAGUUGGUGAAAUAUGAGAAUUGUUCACUUUUAUCUUAGAAGUAACUCACCAUGAUUGAUAACAAGACCAGCAAUAAUAUUUUUCUUUUGAUUACAUAAUGAUCGUAAUAUACCAUUCUAAUCAUACUUGCAUCUUAUGGCAGCUGUGAUUCCUGAUACAUGGACUUGACCAUAUUUUUGUAAGGAAAUAUAGGUCAGCCAACUUUUAGUAUUUUUCUUUUGUAAUUUAUUUUAUUUUAUAAAAUGUCUUCCAUAGUCUGUGUUGUCACUUGUUGAUACAAAGUAAAUUAUGCAAAAUAUGUGAAGCAUUUCCAGACUUUUGGAGGGCAGAAUGUGUAUAUGUAUAUGCUCACACAGUGUAAUGUCAGAAUUGGUCCCAUGUCUAAAAUAUGGAGCAGAAAAGGGUUUUGUUUCUGUCCUGUAUAAAUAUUUAUUGUGUGUAUUAUAUCAUUUUUGCCCACUGUACAAUAAUAACUCUGAUUGUCCAUUUACCAAAUGUGUCAAUUUUUCAGUUUUGAUGUCAAAUAAUGAAAAAGGAACAAAGACAAGAUUUACUCCUAA